UAAUGAUAAGGACAGCCUGAGACACUGGAUAGAACUGAUUCUGAAACAACUGCCACGAUAACAUCCUCAUUUGCGGCAUUCAUACUACAAGACGUACAGUACAAGCCAGCCCAUGUGAUUAUACGCUCUCUCUCACUGAGGCAAAAGGGAAAGUAAUCUUGGCAUCAUUUACUUUCUUUACACAGCAAACACAAGAAGCAACAAUCAACUUUGAAUCAAAUGGCCACUUUUGUUUAUACGGCGACCCCAGUCGUAUCUGGAACUCCUCCUUCCACCCUACCCGUCUCCCAUCAGAUCGGGAUUGCAAUCCUGGUCAUUGCCUUCGUGUUUGGUUUCCCUGGCAACCUGUUCGUGGUGUGGUCGGUCCUGUGCCGGGUCCGUGUGCGCUCCGUCACCUGUCUGCUGAUUCUGAAUCUGGCCGUGGCGGAUGCGCUGGUGCUCCUGAGCGCACCGUUGUUCAUCCGCUACCUGGCCGGAGGAAGAGGCUGGGAGUUUGGCGGCCCUGUCUGCAAGACGGUCCAUUACCUGUGUUGCGUCAACAUGUACGCCUCAAUCUACCUGAUCUGUCUGAUGAGCAUGGACCGCUGGCUGGCCGUCACGAAGCCGUUUCUGUCUCAGAGAUUGAGGACCAAGAGAAGGCUCCUGUCGGUCAUGUUGAGCAUCUGGGUGUUGGCUUUUCUGAUGGCUUUGCCCAUGCCAUUCUAUCGUACCGUGAAGCCGAUCCGCCCAGAUUUGCCCAUCUACCUGUGUACACCGUACCACUGGGACAGCAGUACUCAUCAAGUCUUUCAGUACCUGUGUGAGACUCUGCUGGGUUUCCUUCUGCCCUUCAGCUUCAUCCUGUUCUGCUAUAUCUCGGUGAUCUGCCGGCUGCGAAGCACCAUGUUCCAGCGCAAAGGAAGAGGAAACUUCCUCAUCCUCCUCAUCAUCGCUGCCUUCACCGCCUUCUGGCUGCCGUAUCACCUGAUCAACAUUUUACAGGUGAUCGGCAUGACGCAGGACUCCCCUUCUCUCCUAAAAGCGGCAAAAACGGCCCGUCCCAACGUGACAGCGUUUGCGUUUAUGAGCAGCAGCGUGAACCCCGUCCUGUACGUGUUCACCGGCAGCUCUCACAUCCGUCAGGCUGGCCUGGGCUUCAUGGCCAAACUCUUUGAAGGAACCAACUCGGAGUCAGUCUCCAGCCGCACCCGGUCCAGCCGCGGAUCGAACGGCGAGAGCUCCGUUUUCAGCAAGCUGUCCGUCAAGCUGAGUCGCAAAGGGGACGGGAGACGAGCGGAGACCCCUGGUGGUGAGGAGGAGACUACAGCUGACAUGCACAACAGAGACGAGAUGAAGACUCUGACCACCCUGCAUUAAAGCGCUUUCAUUUCCCCUGAAGUCUGUAAAGGUUUUUGGACUCUCAUUAUCUCUCUGAAAUAAUAUCAUCAUCUUGAGCUGCUGAUGUUUCAGAAUAAACCUGUCUUUAUUGCCUCUGUCAACUGUGAUUGGCUGGAAUGCAGACAAUACAACAUUGUUAGUUUUUGUUAGAAUUUGUCUUUUUUUUUAUAUAUACAAUCCUGCUGUCUUCUGUUUCUUUUUUGUUGGUUUAUAAAAGAUGAGUACUUCUACAUGUAAACACAUCUCUCAGUUGUUAAUUGUCCACACUGUUACGAUUUGCCCGAACAGAAAGGUUGAGAUCCAAAUACAGAUUUAUUCGAGUAAUCCAGAAUCAUAAUCUAAACACAGGUAAAGGGUCAAGCACAGGAAUGGAGUCCAAACAAGUAAACAAGGGUCAAAGCCAAAAAGGAUUUCAAGAAACAGGCAAAAAUCUAAGACCCAUGACACAAUGAAAGAGUAAAUAGAUAACGAAACCUCUCAGAGAAUGAACCAGGCUUAUAUAGAGUUAUUUACACAGAGGUGGAGUGCCCUCUGGUGGCUAUCAAGGGCACUCCAACUGCUCUAUUUAGACAUGUGAGUAUGGACAAUUUUACAUUUCUGAUAUGAAACGGGAGAAAAAGUGAGCAUUAUUGUUGUAGAUAUAUUUUAUUACAUUUCAUUUUAUUACAUGUCUGUUUUAUUUCUUUGAGCUUGAAAAAACCUAGAAAAAAAUCUGUCGGGAAUAUUUGUAAAAUGUGUCAUUGUUAUCAGAGGAAGGAAACUGUAAAUAUUUGCAAUAAUACAUUUAGAAAAUUAAAGUUUAAUUGAGUUUA